GAACUUAGCCGCCAUUAUGCUCACGUAGGCGUGUUAGUACAGUGCGAGGUCCGAGAUCGUGACAAUCCCUUGCCGUCAACCGCAGCUUUGCACCGAUUCGUAGUAUCCGCGAGCUUUCCCUUCCAAGAAGAAUAUCCCGUAAUAGACAAAAACAUUCUAUGGAUACUGAAGUACUGUAUUAACUAGCGAACACCGACACAGUCGUGCCGACAUUAUGUUCGAAGACGGCCUUCAUACCGCCACGAGCAAGGCGCAGAGUGCUUUAGAGAAGAAGAUCUUACCUUUCUACCAAGAGUUGGAAUCCGUCGAGGGCGAGGAGAUACAUGAGUACCUAGAAUUGCACCGGGAAAGCCAUGUCGCCUACCUCCAUGCAGCCUUGGGGCAGCUUUCGUCUGGGUUUGUAGUACUGGACGCCAGCCGCACCUGGAUUCUGUACUGGGUGCUUCAUUCCCUGGCACUCCUUGGCGAGCCAUUACCGCGCGAUGUAACACCCGAUCAUCUCAUCGCCUUCUUAAGAAGCUGCCAACAUGAGGAAGGCGGCUUCGGUGGUGGACCGAUGCAACUUGCGCACACCGCGCCCACCUAUGCGGCCGUGGCGAGUGCCGUGACGCUUGGCGGGAAGGCGCUGGCCCUGAUCAACCGUGAAAAGCUGCGUGACUUCCUCUACCGGAUGUGCAUUCCAGCAGAGCAGGGUGGCGGCUUCCGCGUGCAUGAAGUUGGCGAGGGCGACCUGCGCGCCUGCUUCACGGUGAUGGCGUCGGCGCACAUGGCGGGGCUGGACGCGGACAAGGUGGAGCUGGCUCGGCGGGCGGGGCUGGCGGAGUACGUGAGGGCGUGCCAGACCUACGAGGGCGGUCUGGGCGGCGAGCCGGGCAACGAGGCGCACGGCGGCUACACCUACUGCGGGGUGGCUGCGCUGCUGCUGGCGGGCGGGCCGCAGCUGCUGGCGGCCGCACUGGACAUGCCGCGACUGCUGGGCUGGCUGGUGCACCGACAGGGUGCGGUGGAGGGCGGCUUCAACGGUCGCACCAACAAGCUGGUGGAUGGCUGCUACAGCUUCUGGCAGGGCGCGCUGUUCCCCCUGCUGGCGCAGCUGCCGCAGGAGGCGCUCAGGCCGCCGCCGGUGCCCCCCUCGGUGGCUCUGCAGCUGCCCGGGGACCUGCUGCUGCCCGACCCGCCCAUGAUGGGAGCCGCGUCGCCCUUCGAGCUGGCCGAGGAGGAGGCGCAGGCCCGCAUGCAGGAGUACGAGGGGCUCCGAAAGCGCGCCGUGGCGGCCAGUGAGGACGCGGACGGCGCGCUGCGGGGGGCGGCGGCGCGGCACAGCGCCACCAAGAGUGCGGCUGCGCGGGAGCUGCUGGACCUGGCGGCCAGGGCGCAUGAUGCUGCCGAGCUGGCCACCACCCAGAUGGCCUCCUUCAACGUGGCCGCCUUCAACAUCUGCCCGCCCGCUGAGCCGGAGCAGCUGCUGCUGCAGGAGCAGCAGCACGCAGCCUACCGGCAGGCGCUCGAGAGGUUCAAGCAGCAUCAGCAGCAGGGGGGACAGCAGCAUCAGCAGCAGGAGGUCCAGGCGGAGCUGCAGGGACAGGGGCAGCUGGAGGGGCAGCGCGAGCAGCAUAUGCAAGAAGCGCAUGCCGGGCAGCAGCAGGGGCAGGACCAACCCAUGGCGACGGAUGGGACCGCCGCCGCAACACCCGGGCAGCAGGCUGUGUUUCCGCCGCUGCCGGUGCCACCUCCACCUCUGUUCAGCUACGAGGGGCUGCAGCUGUGGGUGCUCAAGUGCUGCCAGGCCAGCAAGGGCGGUCUGCGUGACAAGCCCGGCAAGCCAGUGGACUUCUACCACACCUGCUACUGCCUCAGUGGCCUGGCGGCCGCGCAGUACGCACCCGGGUCGCAGAUCAUGGGGCCGCGUGCGAACAACCGGCUGCGUCGCAUCGACCCGGCGGUAAACGUGGUGGAAGAACGGCUUGCCUCCGCGCGAGCGUACUUUGCAUCUCAGCCGCUGCCGCCGCUGCAGGGGCAGCAGCAGCAGGGGCAAGGAGGAGGACUGGGGCAGCAGGCGGAGCAGCAGCAGGGGCAAGGGCAGCAGGAGGGUGCGUCUACGUCGUCUGUUGCUGAUCCCAUGGAGAGCUGAUAAGCUGAUGAGGGGUUGGGGUGGUGUGGGAUAGUCAUUAAAGGUUAGCUGGGAAGGAAACGGUGCCUGAUGUGAGUUGGUGUGCUGUUCGGGAGUUCAUGUUUCCUUGCAUUGGCUUGCCGUGUGUCUGUACGACGUUUCGCCGCUGCUUGGCGCAUGGACGAUUAUGGCUCCGUAAGCCCCGGUAAACCCUUGGGACCAGACACUGCUGCUGUGCUUAACCGAGUGAGGCUGCUGUAUGUUCAUAUGCACUUACUGCUGUGUAGGAGUGUUGCAAAGCUUCAAUGGACCGCUGCUGUAUGCUCUGCGCUGUGCUGCAUGGUUACUUUGUUUGCGUGCGUGUGUGUUGUGCAAAGAAAGGCAAGAGGCUAUCUCCCUCCCAAUCCCAGCGUGCGCCGGGGGGGAGGGCAGGACGCAGGACGCAUUUCAUAUGCAAGGAGUAUACCAGCUGACGAGCACAUGCAGCGCAUACCAGACGCUGCAA